UAAUAACCCACCGAUAGACAAAGAAGGCAAAUUUUUAGAGAGAAACACGCGCGAACUGCACACACCAUGUUAUCCUUCCACCAUGCUUGUAACUGCUUAUAACUGUUUUGCAUAGUAGCUGCAGUUAGCUGUUUGCUGUUUAUAGCAUCAUUCUAACAUGAACGAAGAAGUUAAAGAUUUCUUACAUUUGAAAUUGAAUUCUUGGCUUCUCGCGCAAUGCAAAUCUAUGGGAUUAAAAAAACCGACUCCAAUUCAGGAGAAUUGCAUUCCUCGAAUACUGAUGGGUGAAGAUUGCAUAGGCUGUGCCAAAACAGGCAGUGGUAAGACUCUGGCGUUUGCCCUGCCCAUUUUGCAAAAAUUAUGCGAGGAUCCGUACGGUAUAUUUGCUCUUGUAUUGACACCAACGAGGGAACUAGCUUUUCAGAUUGCAGAUCAAUUUGCUGCUAUUGGUAAGGUUAUUAAUUUGAAAAAAUGUGUAAUUGUUGGUGGCAUGGAUAUGAUGAUACAAGGAUUAGAAUUGUCAAAACGGCCGCAUAUAGUUGUAGCUACACCAGGUCGACUGGCAGAUCAUUUAGACAGCUGCAAUACAUUUUCCUUGCAAAAGAUCAAAUUUUUAGUGUUGGACGAAGCUGAUAGGCUUCUUGGUGGCCAUUUUGACAAACAGCUGAAGAAAAUAUUUGCUGUAUUACCUAAGCAAAAACAAAUAUUGUUCUUCAGCGCCACGAUGACAGACACUCUUGAUAAAGUAAAGAAAAUGGCUUGCAAUAAGGUUUUCACAUGGCAAGAGAAAGAUGACGCUGGUAUUGCCACUGUAAAGGAACUAGAUCAACGUUAUGUGUUGUGUCCUAAAGAUGUACUUGAUUCGUAUUUAGUAGAAGUGAUUAGAACAUUUCGCACCACUAAUAAAAAUGGCUGUAUCAUGAUAUUCACGGACACUUGCAAAAACUGUCAAUUAUUAUCGAUGACAUUGAAUGAUGUUGGAUUUACGAACGUGGCUCUUCAUGCAAUGCUAAAGCAAAAGGAACGUUUAGUAGCGCUGAAUAAGUUCAAGUCAAAUCAUAUACAGAUAUUAAUCGCUACCAACGUUGCAGCCAGAGGCCUGGAUAUUCCUGCAGUACAAUUAGUAGUUAAUCACGUAAUACCAAAUGUACCAAAGGAGUAUAUUCAUAGAGUCGGUAGAACAGCUCGCGCAGGUGAAAACGGUAUGGCGAUAAGCUUGAUAACUCCACACGAUAUUAAAUUAUUGCACGCGAUCGAAGAUGCCAUAGGUACUAAAUUAACAGAAUAUAAGGUAGAUGACAAGGAAAUCGUUACUAUCUUGACGCAAAUAUCGGUGGCAAAACGGGAAGCAGAAAUCAAAUUAGAUGAGACUGAUUUUUACGAAAAGAAAAUGAUCAACAAACAAAAAAAGUUAAUCUUAGAAGAAGAAGAAGGUCAAGAGCCAGAUGAAGUAAAUAUUGCCGAGGAGGAGAGAAAACAACCCAGGAAAAAAAGAAAAGUUGAAAUCAAAGUCUGAUGAAAUGAAAUACCUAAUGUAUAUUUGAUAAAAUACCAAAUGUACAAUACAUAAUUUAUACCAUAACUCGUGAUACAAUAAUAAAUUGUAAAUAUUACUGUUAUCUCUUUUUGUUAUAGUCAACUCGUCAAAUAAGAAAUAAAAGACAAAAAAUUAUGCAUUGUAUGUCUUACACCCAGGAUAUUACAAUUUGUAUUUAAAUAAAUAAUAAUAUAUUGUUAA